GAGGGGCUUCCGCCGCGAGGGGGCGGGGCCUGCGCGCGGAGUCCGCUGACGGCCUCAGCCAGGGAAUUUCAAUUUGAAACCUAGCGGAGGGAGGAGGCAGGCGGGGCUGGCCGGCGGCUGGGAGCGGAGCGGGACGGCUCGUGAGGUGCGGCGUCGCGCAUAAAUUGUGAUCAUGACUACUGAAGUAGGCGCUGUGUCAGAAGUGAAGAAGGAUGCAGACCAGUUAGGAGCAGAGGCAACCAAGGAGAAACCUAAAGAAACAGCAGAAAAUCAGCAGAAUCAGUCCUCUAACACGGAGGAGGAGAAGGGUUCCCAGCCAUCUCCUGCAGCUGAAAGCCAAAGUAGUCUACGCCGCCAGAAGAGAGAGAAGGACCCAUCUGAGAGCAGGGGUAUUUCUCGAUUCAUCCCCCCAUGGCUUAAGAAGCAAAAGUCUUAUACCUUAGUAGCGGCCAAAGAUGGAGGGGACAAAAAAGAGCCAACCCAAGCUGUGGUGGAAGAACAGAUCUUAGACAAGGAGGAUUCCCUUCUGGAAGAAGAGAGACAGGCCAAGGCUGAUGCAGAAGAAGCGGCUCAGAGGAAGCAACAGGAGGCAAAAGUUGAAGUCAAGGAAGAAAAGCCUUCAGUGAGCGGUGCUGAGAUUCAGCCUGCAGAAGAAAUAAGUAAGGAGAGAGAAGAGGAGAAGUUAAAGGAAAUACAAGAAGACAAAUCUGAAGAAGCAGCAAAGAGGGAAACAAAGGAAGUACAGACCAAUGAGCUAAAGUCAGAAAAGACCUCUCAAAAAGCCAUAAAGAAGACCAAAACUGUCCAGUGUAAAGUGACCCUCCUAGAUGGUACUGAAUACAGCUGUGACCUGGAGAAACGUGCAAAGGGACAAGUGUUAUUUGACAAAGUAUGUGAACAUCUUAAUCUCUUGGAGAAGGACUACUUUGGACUUUUGUUUCAGGAAAAUCCUGAGCAGAAAAACUGGCUAGAUCCUGCAAAAGAAAUAAAGAGACAACUUCGAAAUCUUCCUUGGCUGUUCACUUUUAAUGUGAAGUUUUAUCCUCCUGAUCCAUCUCAACUGACAGAAGAUAUCACCAGAUACUUCUUGUGCCUUCAGCUUCGGCAGGACAUUGCCUCUGGCCGCCUGCCCUGUUCUUUUGUGACUCAUGCCCUCCUGGGAUCCUACACACUGCAGGCUGAACUUGGGGACCAUGACCCUGAAGAGCAUGGCAAUAUUGACCUUAGUGAAUUCCAGUUUGCACCCACACAGACUAAGGAGCUGGAAGAGAAGGUGGCUGAGCUGCAUAAAACCCACAGGGGCCUGUCUCCAGCACAAGCUGAUUCUCAGUUCUUAGAAAAUGCAAAGAGGCUUUCCAUGUAUGGUGUGGACCUACAUCAUGCCAAGGACUCAGAAGGCGUGGACAUCAAGCUGGGCGUGUGCGCUAAUGGACUUCUCAUUUACAAAGACAGACUGAGAAUCAAUCGUUUUGCUUGGCCGAAAAUCUUGAAAAUUUCCUAUAAGCGCAGUAACUUCUACAUUAAAGUUAGACCAGCAGAGCUGGAACAGUUUGAGAGCACCAUUGGAUUCAAACUGCCGAAUCAUCGGGCAGCAAAAAGGCUAUGGAAAGUGUGCGUGGAGCAUCACACUUUCUACAGGCUUGUGUCUCCAGAGCAGCCACCAAAGGCCAAGUUCCUGACUUUGGGGUCCAAAUUCCGCUACAGCGGCCGCACCCAAGCGCAGACCCGCCAGGCAAGCACCCUCAUAGACAGGCCAGCUCCACACUUUGAGCGCACCUCCAGUAAACGGGUCUCCAGGAGUCUAGAUGGAGCCCCAAUUGGUGUGGACCAAAGUCUUAUGAAGGAGUUUGCUGGCCCUGCUGGGGAGGUUUCACCCUAUGGCCCUGGAGUUGUCAGCACUGCCAUGGUGCAAGAUGGAGACGGCAGGAAGGAAGUCAGAAGCCCAAGUAAAGCCCCCCAUUUGCCACUCACUGAAGGAAAGAUUGUUUCCAUUUGCCCACCAUCACCACUCAUCCGCUAUGCCUCAUCCUUUUCCCCAAACCUGUUGCCAGUCCCUGAAAUGGAUUUGCUCUCAGACAUUUCAGAGGAAGACCCCUUUGGGGAGGCCGACCAGAUCAGAGUAGACAGUUUAGCACUCCUUUCCACAGGUGAAACGUCAGGUCGGGGAGAGCCUCAAGCUGCCACUCGGGAUUCCGUGUUAGAUCCUGCUAUUGCCCCUCCUCAGCCUGACUGUCCUGCGCCCCUCCUGGAGAAGGCUCUUAAAAUGGCUGACCGCAGUGAUUCGGAGUUUGGUUACUUCUCGUUCAGUUUCUACAAAUGUUUUCCCUCUGGCUUCCCUUCCCUUCUUGAUGAAGAUGGGUAUCUUGCUUUCCCCAGCCUCCCCAGGGUCUGGGUCUCCUUCCUGCCCCCUGAUGUUCAGCACUACAUCCCUAUCACCUCCCCGUCCUUCAUUCCUUCCCUCAUCCUCAUCUUUGGGCUGCUUCUCUCAGCUUCUCAGUCGGUUCCUUUUUCUCUCACCUUUUCUCUUCCUCUGGCUCUAGCCCUCUGCUAUCUGGAGGCUAAAGCAAACUCCUUUAACGUUUCUUGGGACUGUGAUGUGAAUGAUAAAACAGAGGAAGAGGAGGCAGUUACUGGCACUUUUUCCUAAGCUCCACUUUGUGGAGUCAACAAGCCUGUACUUCAUCUUAUCCCCUUCCAAAUAUAGAGUGUAAAUGUGUGCAUAAAUGUCACCACUGCUUCCCCUCCAAAUGGCAUCAUCUGUAUGCUCUCAAACAUUUUAGUGCAUGAACUAAAUGUAGGCACUUCUCCAGUGAUACACUUUGAACAGGUCCACACAUUCUAAGCUGAGUGGAAAGUUACAGGAUUAUUUCAUUAGUAUCAAGGGCAUAUUAGAUUCUUAGCAAAAGAAGCAGGAGACAGGAGAUCCUGUGUUGUCUGUAAAAGUCCAUAUUGGGUCUCUCCUUUUUUCAGAAAAAUGUCAGUGCUCUUCCUUUAGGAUGAGAAUUUUUGUUUUGGUACAGAACUUAGUGUGCAGUGGACAUAACUAUAAUGGACGUGUAAUAGACCUGCUUAGAAUUAUUACUCUUGUUCAAAAUUCCAAGCUUGUUCUUACAUUUAUGAGAGUGUAUCUGUAACCUUUACUCCUGACAUUUGUAAGUUUAAUCUCAGAAACUCCUUGUCUCCCUAUAAUUAUACCAUUUGGGGGCUAAAUGUAUUUUAGCUAGUGUAUUUUUUUUCCCCAAACUGAAGUCAUGUAAUUAUGUGAAAGAGCCAACAUCCUUAUCUUUAACAAAUGUGUGUAGAAAGUGAAACAUGGCCUUUUGAAAAUUUAGUCUAUGUAACACUAAGUUUGGGUCUCUCAGUCCUCUAAAUUAGGUGUCUGGUUUGAGGAUUUCAUAAAAAGAGCUUGAUUUCAGUUAUAGUACCCCUGCACUGCUAAGUCAGUGUUGACAUGUGCAGUAUGUUUUUAGUUAUUUUGCUGAGUGUUCUGGUGAUACCAUAUCUCAUAUUCUGUGGGUACUGUGAAUACACAGAGUAAAUUGCAAAAUUUAGACCAAACCUAAAGAACAAUGUGAAGAUAAUCCAAGAGUAUGCAUUAGGAGACAGCACAAUUCUCAGUUUACCUGAAGAAUACCAAAGAUCAACAUUUUAAAGAGUUAAGUGUUGACCAAGGAAUUGGAAGAUGGUUCUUAACAGAUUUUAAGUGAUUGUCUCAUUUUUACUUCCAAUAAAAUACUUGGAGGAGUUCCCUCUUUACUGGUGAGAAAUGCCAGGAAUGAUUUUUUGAUUGUUUAUUUUAAAGUUGAGCAUUUUGAACUUUCAGAUUUGAUACUAUCAUCCCAGCAAAGAAGGAAAAGAAUGUAGGAUAUGAAGUACCCCUGUGAACAUUAAACUAUUUUCCUUUGAUAUCAAAAUCAAUAUUUUUCCUUCUUGCCAUUCUUUUCCUGGUGUCAAAGUUCAACCAGUGUUUAUGUUAGUUUUAAUUCCUAAAGUCAUUCUUUUUGGGCCACUAUAGAUACUGAGAAAUGUCCAGCUAUGAAAAAGUAUUCUUAUUUAAAGAAUUUUAUAAAGAAAAGUGCCUGUAUUUAAAAGAUUGCUUUUUAAAUACCCAUCAUUUCAAUAUGAAAGUAGCUGAAUAAACCAAUCCUCAUCCCUCUAGGAAAGAGAUCCACAUUUAUAAACUAACUAGGAGGGUAAACUGUUGUUCCCGAUGUGAAGCUCAGGACUUUUUUGCACAAUCGUACCUUGAAAGUAGAACAGGUUGAAUUAUGCCAUUUUUGCACUCUCAUAUUUUCUUUCCUAACAAAAAAUAAUUUCAAAAGCAGAUAGCAUAGUCUAGGGACUGAGAAAGAGUGAAGCUUCCGUCUUCCAUUCCACCUUUGCCAAGGGUCAUUUCCAUCAUUCGUACAACACUAUAGGUGAAGAAAGAUCAAGUGGCUUAAUAUUCUACAUCUGCUGAGGGCCAGACAAGAAAGGUUGGUAAUGCUGGUUCACCGUUAAGUUCAAGUACAGCUUCUUUGCACUGGUCAUAGAGUUUCCACUAACGCUCCCCUUUCUGGCUGUUUGCUGUGGGACUUCUCAGGUGAAGAUGGAAGAAGAGGAAGUACACCUGGAUGAGGUGGCUGUUUUUUUUCCCUAAAGUUAAAUAGUGUGGCUGCUGCCUGCCCUUGUUAUUGUUGGGGUGGAAGAGGGGAAUGCUCUUUCAGAGUUUAUUUGUGACUUUCAUUUACUAUAGCUUUUAGCCUUAAGAUUUUUUAUUCCUCUUAUUUUAAUGUCAAACUCUGGGUCGUUUCUGAUGCCUGCUGAUUGAUACACUUAUGUUUAUUUGCCUUUUCCCCCUUGUGUGUGAUUUA